AUGGAGGAAGGUCUUCAAGAACUCCAGACAGAGAAGACAGAGAUGCUGCAGAAGAUCUUCAAUUUAGAGAAGAAAAUUAAACAAUUUGAAGAAGAAAAGAAAACCUUGGAGAUGGAGAAAUCUAUGAAAGAUCAAUACAAGGUUAAAAUGAAGAAAAAAAAAGCAUCUGCAGCAGAAGCAAAAGUGACUCCUCAGGUCUCAGCAGAGGGUGUUAGGAAACAACUGCCUCCUCUCAAACAUUCAGGCAUCCCACAAGAAUUCCUGAUCAGCCUCACCUCCGCCGUCCACUGGAACCCACAGAGCUCUGUACACCAGCAGUACUGCAAGGAAUGUGGGUUCAGACGUCCAGAUGCCGUCUGGAACCAUCCACUUGGCCGUAAGAAAUACCAAUUUCUCCUGGAACAGCCGACGCCGCUGGCAGGAGCCCGCAGAGAUGUUUCCUUCCUGUGUGAUAAAGUGGUCAACCAGAGUAAGAUAGCGCCUCUCCCACCACUGACUGACAGGAGUUGCCAUGGUGACAGACAGGUGAGCUGAGUCAAAUCAAGUAUGAUCUCAGAAGAAUAUCACGUUGUGGAAAAUAAAGGGAUGCACUUCCUUGAGUUCUAUGAAGAUGCAUUUACGGUGCAGCUGCACGAUGAAGAAGAUAAGCUGCAGGUUUUUCCCUCACUGAGGCCCAGCGGAAGACUGGAAGCAGUGAAACUGAUGAGGAUUAUGGACGACAUGUUGGAGAAAGCCAGUGUGGAUUGGCAGAGUGGUGAGAUGACUGACCUCUCCCAGCUGGAAGGUUUGCUUCAGCAAGAUAAGGAUGAGCAGACUAUCUACAACAGUUUUUUCUAUGAACUGAUCAGGCAGGUUAGUCUGGGUUGUGCUGAGAGAGGACAAAUGCUCUCCAAGAUCAGACAGCACUACCAGGAUCUGCUGGAUAAGUUCCUACGCCGUCUGAUGUUUUUAUACAACGAGGCGGUGGCACAGCGGGCUCAGAAUCGCCGGCUCAUUGAGGAAAUCUGCCGCAUUCAAACAUCCAUGCAGCAGCUAACAAAGCUAAUGCCCACAAUUAGAGAGUUUUUUUGCAGUCAGGAGCAGAACUUUCGCCAGGAGAUGGCUGAGACGAUCAGACAGACUCAGAUCAGUAUUAUCCAGUAUUACCAAGAGCUGUGUGAGCUGAAUAGAGCUAAUCUGGAGGCUCAUCUGCUUCAAAUGAGUGAAGACAGAGAGCGCUGGAGCCAGCUCAUCCUCAGCCCUGCCUUACAGAUGAGUAAAGAUGCCUCACCAGAACGUACAACAGAAGAAGUCAAAGAGGUCGGAGAUGAGCAUGAGGCAACGCCAAGUCAGGUCUUGCAUCAAAGGAAGCCUCCUGUUGUUUUGCUGAGGCUGCAUGAGGCGGACGAGGUAAACAUGAAGGCUGGUGUUGUUGUCCAGCAGGAGGAGCUAACGGUUCGUGACAGCCCUGUGGUGGAACUGAUGGGCUUUGAUGGAGACAUCACUCAAAAGAAGCUGGGGGAGAGCCGAGUGCACUUGACAGGGACCGAUGAGAUGGUCGUGUCUCCGCUGACAGAAGAAGCUCAGAGAGCUUUUAGCAAUCUGACCACAGUGGAAAUGCUACAGCGGGAACUGCUGGACUCUGAGGUGCGAGUAAAGGAUGCCGAGCAGCGAGCCCUGGAUGCUGAGGACGCCCUGAAGGCAGCACUGGACAGGAUUCAAGACCUGGAGGGAGAACAGCAGUGUCGCCCCCAUGUGGAGCCCAAGAGCAUUAAAGAGAAAAAGAAAACAUCACCAAAAGCAACAUUACCAGCUCCUUCAAAAGAAUCAACUCCAGAUCCAGAAAACAGAAAGAAAAAGACCAAGAAGAAGAAAUGA